AUGGAUAAGCCGGGAGCCCCAAAACAUUCACAGCCCAAAAGCAAAGACGAAAGGCCAGCGACAUGUAGUCCGUUACAUGCAGGAAAGACUGAGCAUGCAUCGCAGCAAGAAGCCGCUGCUGCACCUGGAGGUGUAGUUCCCGUGUCAUCAACAAUACCAAGAAACGACCAGGAGAACCAGCUGGGGCCUCAGCUAUCGCAACUAGACUCGCGCACCAUAACGUUUCCCGAAGGCGGCCUCUCCGCUUGGCUCGUGGUUUUCUCGUCGUUUUGCCUGAUAGCCGCAAGCUUCGGAGUGGCCACUUCGAUGGGGAUUUUCCAGUCUUACUGGCAGGUGCACCAGCUUUCGACCUAUAGCUCGCAGACAAUUGGAUGGAUCUCAUCGGUUCAAGUAUUCCUGACCCUUUCCCUCGGCGUCCAGGUUGGCCCGCUCUUCGAUCGCUACGGGCCUAGAUGGCUGACCUUCGCGGGGUCAGUGGGGUGCGUUGGCUAUGUGCUGCUGCUGGGCCAGUGUACACAGUAUUGGCAUUUUAUGUUGUGCUUUGGGGUGCUGGGAGGAACUAGCUGUGCUAUCCUGACAACCGUCGCCCUUUCUGUGAUAUCCCAUUGGUUUGAGGCGAGAAGAGCCAUCGCCACUGGCGUGGCCUUUAUGGGAACAAGUCUCGCCGGCAUAUCGUUUCCCUUGGCCCUGAAUCCGAUAUUGGACACCUUCUCUUGGGCUUGGUCAAUGAGGCUACUGGCUCUUCUCGUCUUCGUGCUUGUCUUGCUGGGAAAUUUGUUCAUUCGAGGGCGGCUCCCAACCGGAAAACAGAAGGGUGUUAUUAGCUUGAACUGCUUUUUGGAUCCAAGAUUCGCCUGGGCUACUAUUGGAAUAUCAUGUUUCGAGUUUGUGCUCUACACGACAUUCGGUCUUCUUCCUACCUAUGCUCUUCAGCAAGGCUUUGGUCAACGGACGAGCUACAACUCGAUUGCAGUGUUGAAUGCUGGCUCUGCAAUCGGUCGCUUCGCGGCCGGUUUCAUCGCGGACCGCUAUGGUCGGUAUAAUAGCAUGAUUCUGUCUAUUUUGAUCUCGAUAUUUGCGACGCUAGCGCUCUGGCUGCCAGUUGGCCAUAACGUGACUCUGUUUUAUGUCAUGGUGCCAGUGUUUGGAUUCGGUUCGGGAAGCGUCGUGAGCCUCUCCCCCGUAUGCAUUGGCCAGCUCUGCAAAGCGAGUGAGUACGGUCAAUGGUUUGGCACCAGCUAUAGCAUGGUGGCUCUCGCGACCUUAAUCUCUAUCCCAAUUGCUGCCGAGCUUCAAUCAAGAGCAGGAACAACAGCAUUUGUUGCGUUCUCUGGUGGAAUCCUGAUCCUGGGCCCUCAUCGCCAUUGUGAUCGCGAGAUGGGCCUGCCUUUGGAUAUAGGUGGAGAGGACGAGCAAAAGUAUGGAAUCAGGCCACAUGAGUGCUCGAUGUUUAACGAGCUUGUGUAA